AAAAAACACUCGUAUGGUUCUGGUUAAGCUGAGUUGGUUAUGCUCUUAUCCUGCAUAUCAAAGAAACAGAAAACCGGUUCGCGGGAUUGGUGGCUGGUAAAUUACAGGGCGAAGGAAAAUGAAGAUAGGAGCGUUCGGAGUGUUGCACACAACCCCUCCAACCACCGCAGUCUCUCUUCGCCACGUAAGGCCCAGGAUUAGAUGCUUCUCCUCUUCUGGCCAUGUAUCAUUCAUCAAGGAUGUGGCUGCAACUCAACCUCAUGAACAUCUUCAUUACUUGCUCAAGAUCCUUCAAACCAGAGGUGAAACAAUUAUUUCUCCUGGAUCCAGGCAAGGAUUAAUUCCCCUUGUAAUUCCCCUAUCAGAAAAUUUGUCAGGUUCUUUAACUGCACUGCUGCGGUGGCCGACAGCUACACCUGGAAUGGAGAUGCCAGUUGUGGAAGUUCGCAAGCAUGGGGUGUGGCUUUUAGCCAAGAAUGUAGAUCAAUAUAUCCAUAGAACUCUAGUUGAAGAAGAUGCCAACAACAUCUGUGGAAGUAAUGGUGAACUCUAUGAUGCUUCUUCAGAAGCUGGUAAGAAACUAUACAGAAAGGGUGAUUUUGCUGAAUCUCAGGUUGCAAGUCUUGAUUCAUAUAUUUUGAAAAAGGUUGGGCUGUUUCCUGAUGUCUUAGAGCGCAAAGUUAUGCACCAUUUUGAGCAAGGGGACUAUGUUUCAGCAAUGGUGACGGGAGAGUUUUAUACAAAGAAAGAUCUAUUUCCAGGAUUUGGACGGCCUUUUGUAUUCUAUGCAGAGAUUUUGCAGAAAGUUAGACAUACCUCAGAAGCUAAAGAUGCUGCAAGGGUAGCUUUGAAAUCACCUUGGUGGACUUUAGGUUGUGCAUACCAGGAGGUUGCUAGCAUUGCACAAUGGGAGGAUGAGCAAAUUGAGUACAUAAAGGAGAAGGUGACUGAAGAGGGUAGACAAGAGGAUUUAAAGAAGGGAAAGGCACCUGCCCAGAUUGCAUUGGAUGAGGCUGCCUUUUUAUUGGAUUUAGCUUCUAUUGAAGGAACUUGGGCUGAAGUCAGAGAGAGAAUUGCUGAAUGUUAUAAGGAGGCUGGAUUUAAUGAUAUUGCAAGGUUUAUCUUGUAUGAAGAUUGAGAAUCGAUUAGGCGAAGAAUAUGCUUCAUGGUUUGGAAGUCCACUUGUCUUACAUUCUUUGGUUCCUCUGACUUCAUCUUGCUCUUGAAAGGAGAGUAACGGAAAGGGAACUUGGUCUGUAUCUAUGUUUUUCUUGGGUAUUAAUGUUGAGUUUUUGUAAGUGGUAUAGCUUUGAUUCUGUUUUCCUUUUCUUUUUAAAACAAAACAGAGCUGAACAUAGAAUCAUUUUGCUGUUAUUUUCAAUACUUAAAAUAAUUGUUUUCUUUA